CCCCAGGAGCUGGUGGUGGCUCUCAGUCAUCUGGUGGUCCAAUAUGAGAGUAAUUUCUGCACGGUGGCCCUGCAGUUCAUGGAGGAGGAGAAGAAUUAUCAUUUACCAUCUCCGGCUUCUACGGAGGCCGGCAACCUGACGCCAGUGCGGGAAGCUCCCAGCACCCCUCGCCUGCGGUCUGUCAGUUCUUAUGGCAAUAUCCGAGCCGUCACCACACCUCGGAACCUCAACAAGUCUCUGCAGAACCUCAGCCUGACCGAAGAGGGAGGGGGCGGUGUAGCAUUCUCCCCGGGGAACCUCAGCACCAGCAGUAGUGCCAGCAGCACCCUGGGCAGCCCAGACAACGAGGAGUACAUCCUGUCCUUCGAGACCAUCGACAAGAUGAGGCGGGUCAGCUCCUACUCCUCGCUCAACUCGCUGAUAGGUGUGUCCUUCAACAGCGUGUACACCCAGAUAUGGAGGGUCCUCCUUCACCUGGCUGCAGACCCCUAUCCAGAGGCCUCUGACCUCGCCAUGAAAGUCCUCAACAGCAUUGCCUACAAGGCCACCAUGAGCACCCGGCCACAACGCAUUCUGGAUGCUGCAGCCCUGACGCAGUCUGCCCCGGCCAGUCCCACCAACAAAGGCAUGCUGAUCCAUCAAGUCGGGGGGUCGCCUCCAACUCCAAGUGCCAGCAGCUCCAGCCUUACCAACGACAUGACAAAACCUCCAGCCAAUCGGGAGCUUCCUUCCAACCGGCCAGCCAAUGUGGGGACAGCGAUGGGGGUCCAGUACACCCCCCAUUCCCAUCAGUUCCCCCGCACCCGUAAGAUGUUUGACAAAGGCCCUGACCAGACUGCUGAAGAUGGAGACGACGCCAUCGUCCAUAAAGCCUUCAUCUCGGGUUCUCUGCAGACCGGAUUCUGUGACUGGAGUGCCAAGUACUUCGCCCAGCCGGUGAUGAAGAUGCCCGAAGAGCACGAUGUGGAGAGCCAAGUCCGCAAGGAGCGAGAAUGGAGGUUCCUCCGCAACUCCAAGGUCCGGAGACAAGCACAGAGUCUCAUACAGAAAGGUGUCACCAGAUUGGAUGACCAGAUAUUUAUUAACCGUAACCCUGGCGUUCCCUCCGUUGUGAAGUUUCACCCGUUCACCUCCUGCAUCGCCGUGGCUGACAAGGACAGUAUCUGCUUCUGGGGGGAUUGGGAGAAAGGAGAGAAACUGGACUACUUCCACAACGGGAACCCGCGCUACACACCCCCGCAUCACCGCCAUGGAGUACCUGAACGGACAGGACUGCUCGCUGCUACUCACCGCCACAGGUAGGUGUGCAGGAACUCGGCCAGCUUGGAGUACCUGA